AUGCCUACCGUCACUGUUGGCAGAGACCUUUUGUUCGCUGCACUUGGCGAAACCUACGAAAAGGAAGAGUUCGAGGAUCUGUGUUUCCGUUUCGGUAUCGAGCUUGAUGAAGAGACAACUUUGAAAGCAAUGAUGAGGAAAGAAAAGCAUAUCGUAGAAGAAGCUGGUGACGACGGGGAAAUACUUUACAAGAUUGAAGUUCCUGCCAACAGAUACGAUUUGCUAUGCCUUGAAGGGAUUGCUCAAGCUCUUCGCGUUUUCAACGGGAAAGAGGAGACACCGACGUAUAGGCUUGCUGACAUUGGCAAAGACAAGAUGCUUAAAAUGAAUGUUAAAUCAGAGACAUCUAAGAUCCGCCCGUAUGUUGUCUGUGCUGUUUUAAGAGGCAUAACCUUCGAUGAGGCUCGUUUCAACAGCUUCAUCGAUCUUCAGGAUAAGCUACAUCAGAAUAUUUGCCGGCGAAGAACCCUGGUCGCUAUUGGAACUCAUGACUUGGAUACAUUACAAGGCCCGUUCACAUAUGAGGCUUUGUCGCCAGUGGACAUAAAUUUUGUACCUUUGAAGCAAACUAAGAGCUUCAGGGGUGAUGAACUAAUGGAAUUCUACAAGUCAGAUCAGCAGUUGACCAAAUUUCUACACAUAAUUGAGAAUUCACCCGUCUUCCCAGUUUUAUAUGACAGUAAAAGAACUGUACUGUCAUUGCCACCUAUUAUCAAUGGUGCACAUUCAGCAAUUAGCCUGCAGACAAAGAAUGUCUUCAUUGAAUGUACAGCAACCGAUUUGACAAAGGCCAAGAUUGUUUUGAAUACAAUGGUUACAGCCUUUUCCGAAUUCUGUGAGAGAAAAUUUGAGAUUGAGCCUGUGGAGGUUACAUAUGACAGCGGAGAGUCAUACAUCUCUCCAGAUUUAACUGUCUACGAUAUGGAAGUUCCUCUCUCUUAUAUCACGGCCUCAAUUGGAGUCUCUUUGGAGGUGGAAAAGGUUACAAGUCUGCUGAACCGAAUGCAGUUGCGCGCUGAGCGUUCAGAAUCUAGUGAUAGUGAGUGUCUUUUAAAAGUACAUGUACCCCCCAGCAGAAGCGACGUGCUCCACCCCUGUGAUGUUAUGGAGGAUGUCGCCAUUGCCUAUGGUUACGAUAACAUCCCUACAACAAAGCCUGCCUCGAUUAAACCACUGCCUUUGAAUGAGAUCAGCGAUCUUCUCAGAGUAGAGAUUGCGAUGAAUACGUACACGGAGGUUCUGACAUGGAUACUGUGCUCGCACAAGGAAAGCUUUGAAAUGCUAAAUAGAAAAGAUGAUGGCAAGUCAGCCGUUAAAGUUGGGAACCCAAGGGGUGCUGAUUUUGAGGCAGUCAGAUCGCGUCUCAUGCCUGGAAUAUUGAAAACAGUUGGUUCUAACAAAGACCACCCUAAACCUAUCAAGAUUUUCGAAGUAGGUGAUGUGAGCUUGUUGGAUGAGACGAAAGACGUCGGUGCAUCCAAUCGCCGCCAUCUCGCUGUACUAUACUGUGGUGCUACUUCCGGAUUUGAGCUUAUACACGGCCUCGUCGAUAGAAUCAUGGAAGUUAUGGCGAUCCCUUAUGUGCCAACCGGUGAGGAUACCGGAUACCAUGUAAAGCUCUCUCAAGAACCUGAGUUUCUACCUAAAAUACAAGCCAGCAUCGUUUGCAAAGGGAAAAUUGUUGGCCACUUCGGAAUCGUGCACCCUCAGGUUUUGGACAACUUUGGCAUCACUGAUCCAUGCUCUUUCGUGGAGAUUAACAUCGAAGCUCUCCUUUAG